CGAAGUGUCUCGUUAUGUCAUAAUAAAGAACGAUGGAGAAAAAGAGAAAGACAAACAAGUAUCGGAUUUUUGUAUAUGAAUAAUGUUUUAUUUCCUAAUUCUAGUAGUGUACGACCGUACGGUAUGCGUUGUUUAAAUAAAACCAUCACUUGGUGAAAGUGAGUCAUCAUGUAUGUCGUCCCUGGAGUCUGACGAAUCUCGAUAUCAUUCGUUAACAAGACUGGUGAACGAAGGGAGAAUCGAUCAAAGGACACCGAGGACUUUACCUGCAAUAAUAUUCUUUUAUGUUGAACCUAACCUAUAAGCGUGGAAAUGGAGGAGAUUCCUGUCUCAUCCUCGCCGAAUGACAUAGUUUCUAGCCAGAAAUCGUUACCGUCCACUCACGAUCACGGAUGGAACGAUCCACCGGAGUGGGCAUUGUCCUCGCAGCAUAAUUCAUCAGGGACCUCCACCAAAAAACUUCUGAACAAGCGAGUGGCAUUUCCACUAUCCUCGCAUACCUCUUCUUCAGAGAAAGCUGCCGUUUUGCCUGCAUCAUUGAAUAUGCCUCCUAUGUUACAGUCUACCAUAGCUCCUACAAUAACCACAGCUCCCCACAAGCCUCUUCUGGCUCCUACUGAUAAAGACUGUGCAAAAACGGAGUCAGAUGACAAUUUUGAUAAAGAUCAAGCUUUGACAGAAAUUUUGACUAGUUUAGAAUCUGUGAUGACGGAGCAGAAGAUGGAAGAGAACAAGGUGAAGGAAAUACGAAAACGAUUAGAUAUCAUGAAAUCUAAUUGGCUUGAAAACAAACUGAAUGAUAAAGUACAGAGAAAUAUCUUAAACAUAUCGAAAGCGCUGCUAAGGAAAGAUAUCAAGGAAGCCGAUAAAAUCCAAGUCAUUCUUAUGACGCAGCAUGCACCUGUUUGUCAUACUUGGAUGCCAGCAAUCAGGCAUAUAAUAUUUGAAUUAAAAAAGGAAUCUGAGAAAUUCAACGACUUGCAACCAGAGCAGCUACCUUUGUUAUUUGUCAAUUCGAAGAAAAACUGAAUUUAUUGCUAAAAAUAAGCUUAAUAUAUAAAAACAUAAAAUAAUAAUUAAAUAUAAGAGUUAAAAUAAUUUAAAAAUAACUUGUUUAUUACUUUCCGACAUGCCUACAUCGCGUACGAUAUCUUUGCAGUGAAAGUAUCGAACAACAUUUUAUUUAAUACAAUGAAUGCUUUCCAGUCACUAGGAGAAGUACACGUAUGACACAGUAUAACACAGUAAAUUAUUUCAUCCUUUUAACAUUGACAUUGGCAAAUAUAUAAUGCAAUGAUUCACAUUGGGUUGCUUUCCAUUCGGUGACAAAAGUCGACACAGGUAUCGUUCUUUGUUACUUACGAUUAAAUUAGUUAUGCUAAAAGAGAUAGAAUAUUUGUAUCACAAAAUAGAAAAGAAAACUGUUUCUUAUAUUAUACCAUUUGUUUCUUAUUAGAAAGCAUGUAAUAUUAUGUCACAAUUGACUAGU